AUUUUCUUCGCCAUACUUCAUAAAUCACAUUGGUUUCCGAUGAUCGUUCAUGUCACGGAAAAAGAAAUCUACAUUGUUGAUCCUCUGCAAAAUGACACAACAUUCUAUGAUGGAAUAAUGCAUCUUCUGACUCAUGCUAGGAUUGCUAGGAAGUUUAUGGCCUUGGAGAUUGCAAUGAGUAAACUGGCAGACCCCUUCAAUUAUGCUUCCUUUUUGAAUGAGAAUAAAUUGGGAAAGGAGACUGAGGUCCAAGGAGUGCAAACUGAAAGGCCACUUGCUAGGAUAACUCGAGCUGCUUCUCGAAAGGUUUCAAAUAGCAAACUCCUAAUUCUGGACCUCAAUGGGGUGAUUCUAGCCAAGAAUUCCAAUGACAGAUAUGACUUUAAAUUCAGGCCAUAUACCCAUGAAUUUUUGAAAUUCUGCUUCUCAUGUUUUAAUGUGGCAAUUUGGUCAUCAAAACAAUGGCAUAAUGUUCAACGUGUAAUCAAAAAUCUGCCACAUUUUAAAUGGGAGUUUGUUUGGAAUCAGGCUCACUGCACUGUAGUCGAAACCAAAACUAAAGAAAAUCCAGAAAAAAAGAUUAUGUUUAAGGACUUGAGGAAAGUUUGGAAAGAUUUUGAGCAAUAUGGUCUGUCUAACACAUUGUUAGUCGAUGAUUCUCCAUAUAAAUCAUUCUUUAAUCCUAGAUACAAUGCCAUCUUCCCCGAAUCUUAUGCGUUUUCAAGUGAAAAGGAUAAUUAUCUGGAUCCUAAAGGAGAAUUUGCUCAGCACUUGAAGAAAUUGGCUGAAGCUGAUAACGUAGAAGAAUUCAUCAAACAAAACCCAUUUGGUCAACCGCCCAUAAUAGAAGAAACGGCUGUGAGGGAAGAUAAAGAAGUGAAGGUUCUGGGGAUGAAGGACUUGUUCAAAGUUCAGAUGUUUCAAUGGAGAGAAGCUCUUGGAGAGGAAGUGAAUGGGCAGUGA